UGGCGCUGCUAUGGAAAGAUGCGAUCAGAAAGCUGACGAAUGGAAGCUGUUCCCGAGUGGUCAUUUCGGUAAUAGUGGCUAAAACAAACAUUACGCGAUAUCAACCCUCCAUAUACGGUCUCCUUUGGUUGGGAGCAACAAACUGCGUAUGCACCGAACAAAUACUUUUAAAGAAAUGUCCAUGCUGUAGCAUUACAACGCACACUUUCCUCGGCGGUUUCAGCUCGAGAGCUCCAGCAUGUCUAAGCGGCGCUCAUUGGAGAGGGGGGCCGGAGAGACCUCAGGCAGGGCCAGCAAGCUCCUCUGUCCUGGAAUAGCUGGAAGCAACGCCAAGAGGGCAGGUCCCUUUGUCCUGGGGCCUCGUUUGGGGAACUCGCCCGUGCCAAGCAUAGUGCAGUGUCUGGCCAGGAAGGAUGGGACGGAUGACUUCUACCAGCUAAAGAUCCUGACGCUGGAGGAGCGGGGAGACGCGACCGGGGAGACCCAGGAGGAGAGGCAGGGGAAGAUGCUGCUGCACACCGAGUACUCCCUCCUCUCGCUGCUCCAUAACCAGGAUGGAGUGGUGCACCACCAUGGCCUGUUCCAGGACCGGGCGUACGAGAUUGUGGAGGACCCGGAGGCCAACAAUGGCAAGGUGCGCCGACUGAAGAAGCGGAUCUGCCUGGUGCUGGACUGCCUCUGUGCGCACGACUUCAGCGACAAGACUGCGGACCUCAUUAACCUGCAGCACUACGUCAUCAAGGAGAAGCGGCUGAGCGAGCGCGAGGCCAUCGUCAUCUUCUAUGACGUGGUGCGUGUGGUGGAGGCCCUGCACAAGAAAAACAUUGUGCACCGAGACCUGAAGCUUGGAAACAUGGUGCUGAACAAACGAACUCAUCGGAUUACCAUCACCAACUUCUGCCUGGGCAAGCACCUGGUGAGUGAGGACGACCUGCUGAAGGACCAGCGAGGAAGUCCAGCCUACAUCAGUCCUGACGUACUGAGUGGCCGGCCAUACCACGGAAAGCCCAGUGACAUGUGGGCCCUUGGCGUGGUGCUGUUCACCAUGCUCUACGGCCAGUUCCCCUUCUACGACAGCAUACCUCAGGAGCUAUUCCGCAAGAUCAAGGCUGCAGAGUACUCCAUCCCAGAGGACGGGCGUGUGUCGGAGAACACUGUGGGUCUUAUACGGAAGCUGCUGGUGCUAGACCCCCAGCAGAGGCUGACUGCUGCCGAGGUCCUGGAGUCUCUUAGCGGCAUUAUUGCCUCAUGGCAGUCGGUAUCCUCUUUGACCGGUCCUCUUCAGGUUGUACCGGACAUCGAUGACCAGGUCAGCCACCCAGAGCAUCUCCAGGAGGUGAAAAUGACGGAGGAGUCGUCACAGUACGAGUUUGAGAACUACAUGCGCCAGCAGCUGCUGCUGGCCGAGGAGAAGAACACUAUUCACGAGGCCAAGGCCAGUUUCCUUGCCAAGCGCCAGUUCAGUGCCAUCCCGCCUGUGCGGCGCCUGGGCCACGAUGCCACACCCGUCAGCCCUCUGGACGCAGCCAUCCUGGCCCAGCGCUUCCUCCGGAAGUAGCCCCUUCACCCAUCACCUUGCCCUCUGGGGGACAAGUGGGGUGGGGGACAAGGGUUGGGUCGGGAAGGUACCCUGAAACUAGUAUCUAUGGGAGCUUAGCCCGACCCUCCCUUGGGUAGAGGGAUCCCUAGCUGUGGAGAGUUAGGUAGGUGGAGUGGGAACAGGGGGGGGGGGCCAGAACUGAUCACUCACCUGACAACCUCUCAUAGUUUUCACACUUCAAGUCUGGGUGUCGGUGGUGUGCACAGGAAUGACAUGGCUGGAGAAUCUGAAGAUCUCAACCAAAGGCUCCCACUGAACCCACCCCUCAGCCAGCCAGCUAUGGGCACAUGUGGACUCAGCCAGCCAGCCAGCUAUGGGCACAUGUGGACUCAGCCAGCCAGCUAUGGGCACAUGUGGACUCAGCCAGCCAGCUAUGGGCACAUGUGGACUCAGCCAGCCAGCUAUGGGCACAUGUGGACUCAGCCAGCCAGCUAUGGGCACAUGUGGACUCAGCCAGCCAGCUAUGGGCACAUGUGGACUCAGCCAGCCAGCUAUGGGCACAUGUGGACUCAGCCAGCCAGCUAUGGGCACAUGUGGACUCAGCCAGCCAGCUAUGGGCACAUGUGGACUCAGCCAGCCAGCUAUGGGCACAUGUGGACUCGUACAGGCCAGGGGGAUACCAGACAUGCGUGUGUGUUUGGACAUGGAAAAGCCCCCCCCCAUACGUUUCUCUCUGCUGAGACCUGGCCAUCGCCCUCCUACCUACCCCCAUUUAUUCUUGAAAACCCUGAGCAAUACAGGGCCAGAAGAACCAUGUAGCAACCUUCCUCUAACCUCCCUCUCCUCAACUCUCCAAACUAAGAUCAUGGAUGUAAUUCACUCUAGUUUCCUCAUAACCAAAAUUAUCUGGACUAGUCCCAUCUCUAAGCUGAAGACUUCAAAUCUACCUCUCUCAAUCUUUACUUUUAUUUUUUUGUGUGCAUUUUUAAACCAUGUCCACCAUUCUCGGAAAACAAGGAAUUGUCGGGGUAGUGUUGUCACCGUAGACAGAAAGCAUAUUACUAUGUUUUGGUGCAUAAUGGUUUGGAAUGUGGAAUAUGAAUAAGCUUUUUCCCUUAUGACUAAUAAGUAGCAUUUUAACCUUCUAUCUAUUCUACAUUGAAAAUGCUAACUAUCAAAGGGUGGCCAAAUCGACUACUUCUGUCUUUAAGUCUAGCAGAUUAUAUUGUUUUCUUGUUUUCGCUCUCACUCCCAUUUUUUUUGCAUUUAGGUGUCAAGUACCUGGAAGAGCUGGAUGGGGCGACGUUUAUUAGAUGUUUAAUGUUGAUCCUCUCCCGUUAUUGCUCUUCUAAUUGGCAUCUUUGGUUAAUAAUCACGACGUGGACACUAUAAUUUUUGGGGGGGGGUGAAAUCAUGGCGCUUAACUGAUUGUUAGCCAAGGAAAUGAUACCUCCCCCUCGUUCACCACUGAACAACUUCCAGGUAUUCAACUUCCCGUUUUAUCCUGUGACAUCAUCAUUGUGAGACAGGUAUUGGGCAUGAAUUUGAGUGAAUGGUAAUGCCAGUGAUUGUCAUUGUGUAGAUAAGUGUGAUUUGGGCCAGGGGUGUAUUCGACUAAGCCAGGGCCUUUUCAGUGGUAGGUGCCGACUAGAGCCACGUUAUUGAAGCCCAGUGAGUCAGUGCAGAUCCUUAAACUAACCAUCCUUCCCAAUCUGUUCAUCUUGCCUGCCUCAGUUGCUCGCACACACUGAGAACAUACAGGUUUUUCUAAGACUGGCUGGACUGCAUGUGUCCGCUAUGAAAGAUGGGCAUCCCUCAUUUUGCCCCGGUCUUAGUCGUGAAUGCUCUAGUGCGUAGCCAAGUUUAAAAUCAAACAAAACCGUGAUGAUCAUAGUAGCUCUCCCUUUUAGCUGUUGUAAGUUAUAUUGUAGUAGCUGAGCAUGAAAGACUUACUAUGGUGUUGAUCUUGGUAAUUGAAUAGUGUAAUAUUUCAUAGAGAAACUCAACAGUGAGGUUGUCUGUCGCGUUAUGCACAUUCUCAAGCCUCCCUCUGCUGGCGGUGCCGUAGUGGUGCCAAACGUCGUGAUCAAUCCAAUCAUUCUGCACAGACGCUAACGGCUGUUUCGUCUAAUGUACACUAGUGUCCUUGAAAUACGAUGACAUUGCUAAAGUAGGAAGAUAUUUAGUACGAAAAAUGUUUGCCAUUAUGUCGGCAAAUUUACUUUAGACAGGUGGCAAUGUUGUCAUUUGUUAGCAAAGUUUGUCAAAAAUAGCUGCCAAUGUUGCUAAGCUACUAACUCAUGAACAAUAUUAGUCAUCUGUUCACAUAAGCUUGCCCAUCUUUAUGGGUAUUCGCAUUGCUUAGACCUUCACCCUAUUUAUAUCCAAAUUGAUCACGAGUAGAAACUUGAGUCAGUUUUGUCCUAUUUCAUUGUAUAUUGUCUUUUUCCUCAAUUUCAUGUAUGUUAAUUUUGUUAUUUAUUCACUGUCCAUUUUCAGGCAUCAAAUCUAUUUUCCAUUUUUAGCUUUAAGCAAGAAGUGUUCUGGUUUCAUUUGUUUCUCCAAACAUUCAAACUUGAGCCGCCAUUGCAGUUUUUUCUCUCUAUCAGCCAUGUUCAUUAAAUAUCUCUUUUUAUAUUUUCUUUUACCAUUGCCACACACUCGUGGUCGAUUUAAGCUACACUAAUAAUGAGACUGACUCUGCAUAGUUCUAUUUUUUACACAAAUAAUCGUGCAUUAUGAUGAUUUAUGGUAGUGAUCUGUUUAUUACCCGGAUCCCAGUUCUGUUUGUGCAGACUUGCCAACUCCUGUUUCCUUGACAAUGACCAGCACAAACAGUUCUGGGACCAGGCCAACUGUUUAUCGCCCCAUACCAGACUUUUGGUCAGUAUGUAAAUAUAAUACCAUCAUUACAGCGACAACACCAGUAGAGCUUCCAUCUAGUGGAACGAUACCAGCUCUGAUCAGGGGUACAUUCAGUAAGGUGAUAUGUUGCAGAUAGGAAUGUGUUGAAUAGAACUGACAUGAUUCCAAAUUCAACAUGACAGGAAAUCAUAUCUUCAUCUGAACGUUUUGUAACAUUGCACACUCUUGAACAGCUCCGCUUUAACACAAAUUCUAUAUAGACAUGCAUUAGAGGCAAUGCUAGCCACCACCUUUUGAGAAAAAUAAAUAAAUACAUGUAAUGAGAUUUUGAGAUGUUAGCUUUUUUCCCACCUCAAUGUGAAUUUCUGGGUAUAAAAGCAGUAUUGUAGUUGAUAGUGUGUCAGUAGUUCAUGAGAAAAGGGUAUUUUGUGAACUCCACGGCCCUUGCUGAAGUUCAAGGCAAAUUUGUCAUCCCGUCUUACUUGAGGGUGACCAUAACCCACUAUUGGAUAUAAAUAUGCAGGUUUAUUAGGUAAGACCCUUGAUAGUAAUGCAUUAUCAAGAUAGUGUUCACAUUUGGCUGUUGGACUUGUCCCAUUUGUCUAUGAAAGUUGUCCCCUUCAUAGAUGUUCUGUGGACUGAAAGCACCAUACGAAGCAUGAUCUUGAGCUCUUUGUAAAAUGUGAUUUUGCAUGAUUUUUAUUUUUUACUUGCAAGGUGUUCCCACAAUUAUUAUUGCCUGAAAUCAACCAACCAGGAAGAAUUGGGAAUUUGAGUCUUACAGAAAAACCUAAUGUUUUUCAUAAUACAUCCGAUUUUUCAGUUAAUGAACAUUCAACUUAAGUUUUCAUUUUUACUAUAAUUCAAAAAUAUGGGAAAUAUCUGUCAGUUUAACGAUGUAUUUGAUUUGCUGAAUAUUACAACUGGAAAAUAGAUGGUGUAUGAUGUGGUGGUAAAAAAUGGUUGAAAACCAGCAGGAUUUGUUGUAAGCUGCUUUGUUGGAUAUAUGAGCAUCUAAUACAAAAACCUGGCUAAUUGUACAGAGAUGGGAAAAAAAGUUUGUAUAAAAGACAUAUUUUUGUACUUCAUCAAAUCUCUACAUGCAUGUCGGCAAUAAACUUUGAUAUGGAAAAGUAA